GCCGAGUGCCGACACCUUCCAUGUUUAUCUGGCGCCCGGUACGCGCAGCACGCAUGGCUCGUAUCCCGUAUGAACCUGUGAUGUGACAACUACGUGCUCCUGUGCUGCAUGGAUUGUUUCAGUGCAUCGUGAACGUUUAUGUGCAUUUCAGUGGAUAGUGGCCUAAAAGCGAGGAUUUUCAUUGCAAAGGAUACUAUCGCUGACGCUGCAGGAGGCGUUUACUCUUUCAGAAGCACAGAUACCUUACCGCCUUUCCUUGGCUCGUACACUCUCGUUGAGAUGAAGGAGAAAGGCUGAACGGAUAUAAGUGUAGCCAGCAAAUAAAAAUGAAUAAUGACACUCAGCCGCGGCCCGUGUGACCUCGACAACAUGAGUCUGUUUCAAGACCUCAAAUUAAAGAGGCGGAAAGUUGACUCCCGAUGUAGUAGCGAUGGCGAGUCGGCGGCCGACACCAGCACGUCCUCCCCGGACCCGGGCCCGCCGUCGCCGCGUAUGGCCGAGGCGGGCUGUAGCACGCCGCCGCACCCGCCGCCCGUGUUCGACGGCGGGGGCUCACCGUCGCCUUCUCCUGCAUGCCAUCCGACUGUCAUCCGCUCCGCGCCGCCUUACUCUGUCAUCAAGUUCGAGGGGCCCUCUGCCGCCGUCAAGGUAGAGAGCUCCGCGGCUAGCAGCAAGCCAGACACUCCUUCGCCUUCUCAAGUCUCAUCCGUGAAGCUAGAGAGUACCUCCCAGGAGCACUCUCCACCGUGCAGGCCCAGACCGUUGGCUCCUCCGCCGACGAGCACGCACGCGUCCCUUUCACCCGGCCACUGGCCGCCCUCCGCAUGCAUCAACGGUGUUAAACCGGAGCUCAUCGGGGGCCAUUUCCCACCGCAACCUCUGGAGCCGAAGGCCGGAGUCAGAGGACCCGCCCAAUGGCGAGGUUCGCCAGCUGUUAUCAUGGGAGAAUCCGGUGGUGUCCGGACAAUGUUCUGGACUUUACCGGCACCGACGUCAACUAACGAGCCGGCUGCGAGUGCGUCGCAUACGCCGACGCCGCCCACGCCGGACCCGGCCACCUGUACUGAAGAAUCAGCUGCCCGGCUACUACUUAAUCUUGGAGGAGAUUUGAGAAGGCCUCGGGGACCACCAUUAAAUAUGGAACUACUGUGGGCCGGAGACGUAUCGCAACUACCAGCCAACCAGCAGAUACAUGCACUAAAUCUUAGUCCGUCAGCAGGCAGCAUGUCAGGAACGUCAGCGAUCGCGAGCGCUAGCGCCAGCUCUCUUACAAUUCCACGGCCCGAGCUGCGUGCAUAUGCUCCUGAAACCGAGCGUGACGAGGACGAACAACCUAUGAUUUGUAUGAUAUGUGAAGACAAAGCGACUGGACUCCACUACGGCAUUAUCACGUGCGAAGGCUGUAAGGGCUUCUUCAAAAGGACUGUUCAGAAUCGACGUGUGUAUACAUGCGUUGCUGACGGAGGCUGUGAAAUAACAAAGGCGCAAAGAAAUAGAUGCCAAUAUUGUCGAUUUAAGAAGUGUAUUGAACAGGGAAUGGUAUUACAAGCCGUACGAGAAGACCGUAUGCCGGGUGGCCGCAACAGCGGUGCAGUGUACAAUAUGUAUAAGUAUAAAUAUAAGAAGCAUAAAAAAACUAACGCAAAAGCGGCAACGACCACGAGUAGAGCGUCACCGCCGGAGAAACCUAAGGACCCACUACCACCAAUCCCACCGCACCUUGUAAACGGGACCAUACUUAAGACUGCAUUAACCAACCCUAGCGAGGUGGUACACUUGAGAGCGAGACUGGAGAGCGCCGUGUCGUCGUCACGAGACCGAGCGGUGCCUUUAGAGAGGGCGCUACACAUGAUCAGGGCGCUGAUCGACUGCGACGCGAUGGAGGACAUCGCCACCGUACGCCAUCUACCGGACCUCCUGCACGAUACGUCCGAGAUCGGCGAUAAGUUGUGCAGGAUCGGUGAUUCGAUCGUUCACAAAAUGGUCGCCUGGACGAAGAAAUUGCCUUUCAUCAUGGAAAUUCCAAUGGAGAUCCAUUCGAAGCUACUAAUGGAGAAAUGGCACGAGAUAUCAGUGUUAACGACCGCGGCGUAUCAAGCGAUGCACGGCAAACUUGCUCAUGCGCCACCUUCAUCGGACCACGAACAUGAUUUUAUGCAAGAGGUGAACGCCAACUUACGGACACUACAGAACUGCCUGACAUCACUAAUGGGGCGGCCGAUCACGCUGGAGCAACUGCGGCUCGACGUCGGUCUCGUCGUUGAGAAGAUGACGCAGAUCACCUGCGUCUUCCGCCGCAUACAACUCCGUAUGGAGGAGUACGUCUGCCUCAAAGUCUACAUUCUCUUGAAUCAAGAAGUAGAACUGGAGGGCAUUCAAGACCGUUACGUUCAAGUACUUCGCAGUUACUUGGAGCACGCGGCGCCUCAUCAUCCAGGGCGGCUACAGGAAUUAUUCGCGAGGAUACCAGAGAUCCAAGCAGCGGCGAACCUGUUGCUGGAGAGCAAAAUGUUCUACGUGCCGUUCGUGCUCAACUCCGCAGAGAUCAGAUAGUACAUGGCCCAGCAGGGCGUAUAGUUCUCGAUGUACGAGACCAGCGCCCCGCGACCGCGCCGCGCCGCCGUCUUAUGAUUGCCCGAGACCGGAGACCGCGGUCUCGGCCCAACCCGCCUCCGGGGACCGGGCGCGCCGCGGACAGAGACUACGUCUGAUCUCGAGACCCUAAAUAAAUAAAUCUGCGGACGCACAGGUGACGCAGUGACUAAAAUUCAAAGACAGUGUUUAUCACGAGUGAGACAGUGCGUUAUACCUUUGUUGAGUCGAUGUGUGUAUUGGUUUAUUGUUUAUUAGAGGAAUUAAAACGUCCCAAUCGACAGACUGAUUUAUGAUUAAACUAGCUAUUAUUUUAUAGAUAACGAGGGACUUGAAUGCGUGUUUUAUACGUGGUAGUGUAUACUACUUAGUGUUAAAUAGAUUAAAUAUAUAAUUAUGUUACUAUAUAAAUUUUUUCGUCAAUCGGAGAAUCGCAUAAUAUAUUAUUUCUGUAAAUAUAGCGAUAAUAUAUCUUAACGAUAUAGCGUUUAAGGAGUUGUUUUUUUUUUAAACAGAAUUGUUUCUUGUAAAUGAAAUAUUACUGUUUUAGUUUGCAUUUUAUAUUGUCUAGUAUAAGAGCCGUAGGGUAAUUGCUGGGUGUGUAAUAUUGAUUCUUUUAUUUCUUAUUUAAUUUUAUAAUGAUUUUGUUCUUAAUGUAAGUAGCACUAAGUACCUACUCUCAGUGUUUACCAAGACUGCUUGUAUACAACUAUACUGUUUAUACACUAACAUAUGUUUGUCGCGGGUUGUCCGCGUUCUCUUUAUAGUCACAACUUUUGCAUUUUUAUUGCCAAUAUUUCUUGUAACACAUGCGCAAGUUCUGUGCUCUGAGCGAUACACUUCUCUUUGUUCUGGUCUAAAUAGAUACGUAAUGGGCUAUAGAGGAUGUCUUAUGGAUGCAAGUCGAACGCCGCGGAUUGCGAACGUUGGAGUACCGCGGUGAUUUCCAUGCUGACACAUUCUCAUGCUUUGUACAUUCACUAAUUAUAUUGUCGCUUCCAUUGAUGUGUUCAAGUUACAAAUAUGCUCAAAUCCCUAGAACUAUAAAUUCAGAUUCAUUUUUCAUUUCAUAACUACAUACUGUAUGUUUGUUUAUACCUUCUCCAUAACAUUAAUAUAUCACAAAGACUAACGCAUCAUUUAAAUAACACAAGAAAUGUUUACAAGCAGACCUUAUUUCUACCCACCGGAAAAUUGUUUCAUAUUAAUUGGUCAGUUGUCAAUUAAAUCACCGUCGUUUGUUAAAUUGUUUUACCGCAAAGGAAAGAUGGGAUUCGAAGACCGUUAUUAUAAAGAUUUUGUCAAUUUUUUAUCUGUAUAACUUGCGUAAUGAAGUCUGGAGCUGAAAUGAAUUUCUACAAGAGAAUACAGUCGCUAAAUUUAUGUAAAAACUAAAUCAAAUGCAUACUUUAUAUUUGGCUAGAUUGUAUUAACGCGAAGGUCAAAGAAACUUUACUUCAGUCAACUAAGAUUGCAACAACUAUAAAUAUUGUAAUACGGAAAUUUUGCAACGUGUCAUUUUUAAAAUAAAAAAAUUAAAACCUUUAAAUAUACGAAAGUUUUUCAAAACCCCUUUGUGGAUAAAAUGUAAAUUUUACAGACAAUAAAUAAUAAGUAAAAUGUAAUUGUAAUUUUACACUUUUUUUACAAUGUUAAAUCAACGUUUUAAUAAACGGUCACCAUCUUUAAUGUAUGAAGUCAUUAUAAUAUCGAUGGAUAUCAGUGUCUGACUUUGUUCAAGCCAGAAGCAUUGUAAAACGACCUAUAUUGUGCUCCGAUCCAUUGUUAUAACAUCGAUAAGUGUAUGUCACCAUUCAUUGACUAGUUUCUCAUUCAUUGUUCAUUUGUAUACGAAUUACUGUUGCAUUCCCUUAGUUUCCAUUUCAAAAAAAAUCUUAACUAAUCUUUCAAACAUCAAAAGGGUCAUAGAAAUAACAGAUAAAGUAGAUAAUAAUAAAAUAAUAAUUUUUAUAAGUAUUUUAAUAAUUGACUAAAUGUUUGCUUAUUAUUCUAACCUAAAAUUUUGUACUCUUUUGUAAAUGUCAUUUACAUAUAUCAAAUCAAAAACCCAGUUAAUUAAGUUGUAUUUCUGUGACCCGAAAUAAUCAUUAACUUAAUUCAUGUUUCAUCGACAUGUAACAACAUCGUUAAGACACAUUAUUCAUAAAGAUUUACUAACAUUUAGUCGUAAUUUUAAACAGAUAAAUAAAAUAAGGAGCUCUUUUGACUAAUUGUUCUUAAAAAAUAGUGUUAAUUUUCCGCAACACUGUCAGACAUCACUGCCUGUAUUUUUAAAGUUAUUGCCGUUAAAAAAAAUUGUAUUAAUAAUUAAUAUUAUGAAAUUGUAAUAAACGUUCCAGCAACGGUGAACAGUUACCAUUAGAUAUAGGUCGGCAGAAAUAAGCCGCGUUUAAAUUAAGUAAAAAAACCAAAAAGUUCGUUCUAGGGACUUAGGUUCUAGGUAAAUUCUUUUCGCGUUUUUUUCCCCAUAGUACUCUUCAAACUGGUUAUUAGUUCAGAAAAUUAAUACGAAGUCCAAAUUCUACAUCUCGUAUUCGAUUAUUAAAAAUGACCAACUAAAAAAAAUAAUAUUCGAGAUGUAAUCUUAUUAACAUAUUUCAUCAACAAAUUGGAGUUGUCAUUAUUAUUAAAUUCUCUACUUCCGAAUUAUAAUUCAAAUUUCAUCUUUUUUAGUAACAGAUAUUGUAUAAUUUAAUUUAGUUAUUAAAAAAAACUGGAAGCACAUAAAAGAAAACAUCUGUAAAUGUUAGAAAUAACGCUUCAUUUCCUUAGUCGGGUAAACAUCAUAAGUUGCAUAAACUAGGUGGUCAAUUGAUCUUACAAAUAUUAUGUAAUUUGAGAAUCCUGUUACCUGAACGUACGAGAAGCGUCCGUUCCUCAACGUGUUACCAUUAGUUAAGUCUUAGUGGAUAUGUGUUUUGUACAUUGUUAUUAUUAGAUUUCGAAUACAACCAGUUACGAUACUGCCAUCAAAUGCCUAAAUAGUUUUUCGAUUAAUUUCGUUAUAUACUUUAAUUACGUUUUUCUAUUAAGUUAAUGACAUUCGCGAAAUUAUUAGUUAAAUGUGAUAAUGGAACAGUGAUAAUAUAUUGGGAAUAAAUGCGCGAAUCUUUUACAAGCCAUACAAAAGCGAGCGUUUCUACAGCCGGGCCUACGUGUAGCCUACGCCGCGUAGCUAACGCCUACAUACGCGCGAGCUUUUAUUUAACAACAGGGCCCUCCCGUAAAUUGGGUAACUACAUAUAUUUAUUUAUUCAAUAACUUAAAUUAUAAUAAAUUAGUUCUAAAAUUAACGCCAUCAGAACGACGGUGGUAAAUCUAAAGUCUGAGGUAAAGAUGCCUUCAUAGAUUUUUAAACAUUGUAAUGAGGGAAAUCGUAAAAAUAACUUUAGUCGCAAAUCGUGCAUCAUUCUACUAAAUAUGUUAACGGUAUAUAUAAGUAAUAUUGACACUUAUUUUGUUAGUAACGUAGCUUAAAGUUAAGAUGAAACUAACGGCAGUGUAUCAAGGAGGACUUAGAUAUGUAAGGAUGUUAUUGGCGUUGUACAAAGGAUAGUAUUGUUAAUAAAUAAACGAUGAAAUUGGCGCAUUACUGUCGAGUACCUAAUUAGAUUAGUACACGAGCCCCCGGAGGCUAUACAUUUUGUCAAAUAUAAAUGUAAAUACAAAAUUAUAUUACGACGCAUAAAAUUGUCAUUCACUUUUCAUGUCUAUUCCGAGUUGUUAGGAGCCAUUACACCACUUGGACUAACAGCAAUAAAAAUUGUAACGAGCUUCUCACAUACUUUUUAUAUUUAUUGGCCAGAUUAUAUAGUUUUCUUUUUCCGUAAAAAUGUUUCAAUUUAUUUAUCAUCAACAGAAGUUGAGUCAAUUGAUGCGACAACUUUAUCAAUAGUGAAACUGAACGUAAUUUCGAAUUUAUAUUUAUAUAAUUUAGUGUAAAAAUAACAGUUAUAUGUAUCAUCGAUUAGUAAUGACACACAGCAAGCUUUGUAUAAACCAUACAUUACUUAUUACAUUUCGGAACCUUUAAUAUUAAAUGAAUCACAUAACUUGUUACGAAGUUGGCUAAGAGUUAAGAUCUAAAUAAUAUGGCGAAAAUAUUUUGACUGAUAUAAAUAAAUAGUAAUGUAACAUAACGAUGUUAAUAUAUUUAUAAGAAUGUAACAAAAAAAAACUUAAUGCAUUUCUCACUUUCUUUACAGUCCAUAAGAGAAUAAAUUAAUUACGUCUAAGGUAUUGUGACGAAAUAUUUUCACAUUCAUAAGUAAGGUAAGGUUUGUUGUGUAUAAUAAUAUCGUUUCGUGUACUUUUGAGUAAAAGAAAGUUUGAAAUUUGUGUACAUUAGACAAUGUAAUUAGUUACAAUUUAACGAGUGUAAAUCUGUAAGAGAAUAUAUAUUUGGAAACGUUGAGUGUUUGUUGUAUGUAACUCUACAUGUCACAGAGGACUUUUUGAACCCUUAAGUAUACAUUAUACCAUAAUAUAUUAAUUAUCUAUUCUACGAGUUAUACAUCGUUUAUUGAUAUAAAAAUAAUCGUGUUUUCUGUUAUGGUUACAAAAACAAACACGUUUCGCUUUUUAAUGAUUUCAUGUCUUCAAAGUCCGUUCUAUUGUGUAGGCCUUUGUUAACUGUAAUAAAUAUGUAACUUAAGUAUGACACCCAGUUUUGUAACUCCACAAUCUCACUGAAAGUACCACUGGGAAACGCACGUAUGUCUAUUAGCUACCAUUAUUUCAAUAAUCAGAGUUCGAUGUGGUUGAGUGUGCUGUAUCUCACAUAUUUAUAUAGUUGGGCUCGCUCAAUAUCAAGACUUAUCGCUUUCAGACUUAGCUAGUACGUUUAAGUAUUACGAUACCUUAGGGUUGUAUGUUUACGUGUAGCAAGUCACAUUAGUUGCUGUUCGAUGUACCUUUCUGGAUGGUUAAAAGUCUAUUGUUAUAAUUCGACCAAAUUAAGAAUCACAUUGAGUGUAUGAAGUGUUUCGGGAAGUUGUGACUCGUCUCGUUCGAGUGGUGCGCCGGCUGUUAGUCAAGCGAUCGUGUUCUGGUUUGCCAAGAGGAGUUACCUACAGUUGUGUUUAGUUAGCGAUGCAUAACGUGUUUGUACUUUAAUUUGUUUUUUAGUUGUACUCUUGGAAAUCAAUGGUUAAUAACUUAAGAAAAUAAAAUGUAUGU